AUGAUAGGAUUCUCACAAGAUAGUAGUCAUCUCUAUGACCAAUAUAGCAAUAAUAAUAAUAAUCGUUCGAUGCACGGUGGUGGAGGUGAUCAUGGACACUCUCAUGGUGGGGGUGGUGGCGAUCAUGGACACUCUCAUGGUGGUGGAGGUGAUCAUGGACAUUCUCAUGGUGGAGGAGGUGAUCAUGGACAUUCACAUGGUGGUGGUGGAGGCGAUCAUGGUCAUUCUCAUGGGGGUGGCGAUCAUCAUGGACAUUCACACGGUGGAAAUGGAGAGUGUGGUGAAGAACAAGAACAACAUCAACAUAUUUAUGGAGGUGUGCCAGAUGUUAUACAAAACUUGCAAAUUGUGACACCGAGCGUUUUGGCGAAAUCCCCACCAAUGAUACAAGAGCAAUAUAUGACUGUUUUGGAGAAAUAUGCAAAGCAAGAGGUCGAGCGUAGUGCUCAUCCUUGGAGUGCGCCCAUCGAGUACUCGACUGUGCUGAUAGCCCACGAGUGCGCCAAAAAGGGAUUGGUCGACGACUACACCAAGUUGAUGAACGAUUCUGGUGUGACAGCAUCGACCUUUGUCAAUAUUCCCGAUACUGAUGGAUGCACUGCUUUGCACCACGCCGUCUUUAAAAAACAAAAGGAUUUUGUACGAUUCCUUUUGGGGCAUGGCGCAGAGGUCGACAUGGUGAGUCACGAGGAGGGUCAGACACCGUUACACUGGGCGUGUAUUGCUGGAGAGCCCCAAGUAACAUAUGCGCUGGUCGAAGCUGGUGCCGACCCCGUCUACAAGGACAAGAGAGGAUACAACGCGCUAUUACAUGCCGCACAAUACAACGAUGCCCAUUCGGUACGUUAUCUCAUUGAAAAGGGGUGUCCUGUGCGCAGCGUAGACAAUGACGGCCACACACCCGCUCACUGGGCUGCGUUCCAGGGACACGCUAAUAUGGUGCGUUACUUUAUUGCCCGUGGGGUCGAUAUUGACGCCCGCGACUCGCUUGGCAGAACCGCGCUGCACUGGGCCUGUCACAAGGGCCACAAGACUGUCAUGUCGACACUCUGCUUCCUCAAGGCUGACCGCACCAUCGUCGACGGCAACGGAUGUCGCGCUGUAGACUUGGCCGAACUCAAAAACAACAAAGACAUGGUCGAUUUCCUGCACGCCAAGGAUCGCGAAGACAAACGAUUCCCCAACAUCGACGCAUACAAUCGGUUCUGGACGAUGAUUGGUAUUUUUACCGUGUGUCUCCCCCCACUCUUAUUUUGCACACAGCCACUUUGGCUUUCCCUCACCACCAUUGUUUUUGUCGGCUAUCUAUUUAAAAACUACCUCAUGCUCAACUAUUGGGUACCCGAAUACAACAACCCAUUCAAUCCAGCCGUCCUCUACACAAGCAUUGUUCUCUGGUACUUGGUCUAUAUCUUCCAAUUGGCGUCGGCCACUAUGGAGGCUACUGGCAGCACCGUCCACGCUAUCCUCAAUAUCCAAGUGUGGGUAUUCCUCUAUUUCUUUAUCAAGCUGUGUUGGAGCGACCCUGGAAACAUCAAAAAGUACCACACACAAGAAAGCUCGACCAAAGCAUUUAUGGACGCACUCGCCGACAACCAGACUCUCCCCGUCAUCUGUCCGACCUGUCAAGUCAACCGUCCUGUCCGUUCCAAACAUUGUCCAUCCUGUAACCAAUGCUCUGCACGUUUCGAUCAUCACUGUAUUUGGAUCAAUAACUGUGUCGCUGCAAAUAACCAAGUUUUAUUCUUACUUUUAAUUUUAAAUUUCUUACUUACCAUUGUUACUGGUGCUAUCAUUACUUUUUCUUAUUUCCAAUUAGAUGAAAAUGGACCAAAUUGGGAUGAUGGAAGAAUAGCAUCAAUGAAAUAUUAUUUUACAAAUUAUCCAGCUCCAUUUUACUUUUUAUUCUAUGGACCUGCCAUUGGAUUGUUUAUUGGCAAGAUUGGACUUUCCCAAGUCUUUACUAUCAUUCUCAACAAGACCACCUACGAACAAAUCCAAGAGAAUCGUGAGUUGGGUUAUCACGGACACAGUCAUCAAUCAUUUGACCAACAAAAGGACAAGGAUGGUGUUUUCACUCAUCACAAAUAUUCUUACAACGCUUUCAAUCGUGGUAAAUUGAAUAAUGUCAAGGAGUUUUUAUUUGAUCUCCAAAAAUACUAUUUUACUUUAAAUUUAAAUUCUAAUAAUAAUGUUUAA